CAAAGGAGUAGCAGGCUUGACCCUCUAUCUGCCACCCAAUUUCUUUUUGUAAUAUCACUAAACCAAGUGGUAAUGGACAUCUGAGCCAAUAGAGUGACACCUUGAUAACCUGGAAUGAACAUUUGCAACACUCCAUUUUUGAGGAGACCCAACUUUUAAGCAAAUCUGGUAAUAUUGAAGAUUAAUCCAAGAAAACAACUUUUAGUGUGAGCCCUGGGAUCGGCAUGGAAGCAAACAAAACGCUUACUCCUUUGAUUUCUCCUUCUAACUCUACCAUUUCACUAGAACCUAGAACUAUCUUCAUCUCUCCUUCUAUGCCUUCUAUGCCCUCGCACACAUCUAUACCUACCCUCAUGACUCCCACCCAGCUUUCCCCUGCCUCUUCUUCUGUAACCUUCCCCAAAUAUAAACCUGUUAGUAAAAUCCCUCCAUGUGCCUCUAGAUCGGCACCUACAUUCCCAACUGCACAGACACCAGUAACGAUCCCUAAACAUCCACACCAUGGCAACAUAACUUCUAAAAUUCCUUUUCAUUGUAACUUGACACCUAUCUCAGAAUAUCCUCCUGCCACUAAAUCUGCUCCUAUAACCACAACAUUUCCUGUUAUACCAACCCGUAAAUUUCCCUCUAGCUGUAGCUUAGCCUCUACUUUGUCAUGGGCAUCUAGCUUAAAAGCAGCCAGUCAUCUCUCUCCAUCCCCUUCAUUUGUAAUUCCACCCACACCUGAAACAAUUGCCUCCAAAUCUUCUACACCUAGAUCUCUAUCGCCAUCUGAUUGUGCAGAUGUUCAGAAGGAUCCAUCUGAACCUUCUCCCAAAUCUGAUCCUGACCAGACAUCUAUACCUACUGGUGCUGGAGAAGUUAUCCCUGGGAUUCCCUUUAAUUAUACCUGUGCUGCUACCUCAACACCUUCAGUCUUGCUUACUUCCAAAGCUACAUCGACCAAUGCAGUAUCUCUUGGGAAUCCUCCUAAUUGCAUCAGUAGCUCUCCCCCAACAUGUCCACUUAGCUCCAAAUUGAUUCCAGCUAUCUCCAGAUCUAUCUCUUGUGUCUUAUUACGUGGACAUCCCUCUAGUUGUGUCUGUAUGUCUACCUCCACCUCUACGCUUAAUGUCAAAUCUCCUCCCACAUCCAGAGCUACAUCUAUCUCUGCCUUAUUCUCCGGGAUUCCCUCUAACUGUAUCUGUAACUCUAUCUCCACAUCAACCUCCAAAACUCCUCCUGUAUCUAAAGCUACAUCUAUCUGUGAGCUAUGCCCUGGGGUUCCCUGUAACUGCAUGUGUAACACUGUCUCGCUGUCUCAAUUUAGCUCCAAAUCUCCUCCUACAUCCAAAGCCACAUCUACUUAUAACUCACCCAAAGAUUAUUCUUCUAACUGCAUCUCAUCUUGUACAUUUAGCCCCAAAUCUCUUUUUGCAUCUACAGCUACAUCUGUCUGUGAGGUACUCCCUGGGAUUCCCUCUAAUUGUAUCUGUAAUUCUACCCCUUCUACAUUUAGCCCCAAAUUUCCUCCUACAUCCAAAGCAACAUCUACCUGUGACUUAUUCAAGGAUAAUCCUUCUAACUGUAUCUGUAACUCUACCUCACCAUCUAUACUUAGCCCCAAAUCUAUUCUUGCAUCCGCAGCUACAUCUAUCUGUGACCUCCUCCUUGGGCUUCCUUCUAACUGUAUUCGUCCCUCUACCUCCACAGUUACAUUUAUCCCCAAAUCUCCUCCUGUAUCCAAAGCAACACAUACCUGUGACUUACCCAAGGAUUCUAAUUGUAUAUGUAACUCUACCUUAAUAGCUCCACUUAGCCCCAAAUCUCCUCCUACAUCCAAAGCUACAUCUACCCGUGAAUUAUCCUUUGGAAAUCCCUGCAGUUUUAUCAACAACUCUAUCUCAACAUCUCCACAGAACCCCAGAUCUACUCCUAUCCCAAUACCCUCUAAAUCCACACCUAAAUAUCACUGUAUACUUUUCCCUCAGGAAGCUCAUUUUACCCCUGCUGUUACCUCAACAUCUCCAUUGUUCCCAAGUUCUAGUCCACCUAUCGUCACAUCCCCCUGUACUUCUCCACGUUCUUAUCGCUCUGAUGUUUUAGCUUCAAAAUAUGCUCCUGCCUCAGCAUCUUCUACAUUUUCUUCUAAAAAUACUCCUGCAUCUAUAUCUAUGUCUAUACCUGAUUGUAAAUCUGUAGGUACUUCAAUAUCUAUACCCCUGCAGAAAUUUACUCCUCGUUCUCCAUCUCCCUCUAAACAUACACUUAGGUCCACAGCUGAGCCUGUGACUUCAUGUGUUUCUGCAACUACCUCUACAGCUACACCUAUUUACACAUCUACAAUUCCAGCUGUAGUCACUUCUAACUUAGAAUCUUCCUCUAAAUCUAGACCAUCUAUCAUUUUCCCACUCUUUCCAUAUAACUUUACACCAUCCCCUCCUACUACCCAUAAAUCUGACACUUCUUCUCUCAGCCCUGAAGCCCCAUUGACACCUGAAUUUCCACGCAAAUUCAUGCCUCUCUCAACAUCUGUAUGAGCAACAACUAUAUCUAUGUCUACUUAUACUUUUCACCUCCAUGGUAUAUGCUAAAGCACCAGGAUCUUGCCAACUCAAAAAUGCUGACAGGAGCUGGGUAUAAAGAAAACAAAGCAAAGCAGACCUAGCUCACACAGUUGGACUUUAACAAGAAUCAGUGAAAUACACGGAAAUGACUCUCCUGAAAUAUGUUGGAUUUUGUUGGGGAAUUUCAGCUUCCUGUUAGUUGUUCCCUGGACUAUGGUUUUAAGCUUCAGUCUUGUUUUGUGGGAGUUUAGUUUGGCUCUUCAACACUUUUCCUGAUCUGAAAACCAUCAGUUCCUCUCUAGAGUUGUCUCUGUCAUUUGCUUUCACUGUGAGAUACUUCAAAAUUUGGAUGCCCUUCCUAGUGGAGAGCUGGAAUGUCAGUCCCUAUUGGAACUAUCUACCACAAGAAUCUGUUGUUGGUCCCUGCAUACUCUGCACCUGGACUGCACUUAACUUUGCCUGAUAUCUUGCCCUGACUUGACCCUAUUUGUGAAUCUAUAUGAUCCAAUGAGAUGGGACAUACCACUGGCUGUGGAUAGGGUUUUCCUGUCUUUGCUUUUGGAAGAAUGGAGUUUCCUUGAAAAACCUUGCUUAUAUCUCUAUGCUGUUGUUACAGUUGCUUGAUAUCCUGAUAUCCUUUACCCUAUUUGUGAACCAACAUGAGCCAAUGAUGUGGGAUAUACCAUUGGCUAUUUUCAGUUUUCAUUCCCAUGUAUUUCUCUCCAGUCUCUGACUUGACCGUGAGCAACAAAAUAGCAAGGUACAAGGCUUAUGCUUCUCCAUCUCCCCCAAGGCCUAGCACAAGUGUGUGUGACCCCUUUUGGGCUCCACAAGAACAAGUUUGCACACAGCAAUUUCUCCAUUUUUGGUGCCUUUUCUUCAGUUCUGGUUUCCUACCAUCUUUGUGACUGACUUUUCCUGGUACCUUCGUUCCCAAGGAAGAUCGAUUUCCUGCUUCUAAAUUUUUAUCACCUCUAGAUUGAAUCCCUUGUACUCACUGCUAGAUCUCCCUGAUGCUGACCAUUUGCCUGUUUGGAUUGCGGAUUGACAGCUUGCUUCUUGGACCCCCACCAAAUUACCUCAUCCCCGAUGCAUGGAAUCCUUGGAUAACAGACCCAUUUUGGACUUUUGGCAAAUGAUACACAUCAUUCCCAUCUUUUCCUCCCCGGACUUUGGGAUUUGAUUUGGACUUUUGGCAAAUGACGCCUUUCUUUCUUCUAUAAUUCCCCUGCACCCCCAUUCAAUACCACCACCCCCAUUUCCACCCUUAAACUUACCCUCUGAGGACUCUCUCCAGUCCAAGACCUUCUUUCCUCUUUAUGUCACUGAAUGAAUACCUGUUUCUCAUGUAGUCAGACUCUGGUUCCCAGAUUCUGCCACCUAGGCUUCAAUCAACCUUACAGAUCUACUUGGACUACUGGUCACCACCCCAUGUGUUCUGUUGUUGCUUAUGCCAAGGUUUUGAUUUUUGUUAUAUGAUCUAUGAGGCAAAAUGUCAAUCUCAUUUUCUGGCAUUACACCAUUACAGCCUAAUUCAAGGCUUAAAUGCUUUUUUGCCUCCAAGGCCUCAGUGACUCCCCAUUAAAAAUUAAAAUAUCCCAGGGAGGAUUUGCACCUAAUAAUAAUAGUUUGAAUUUC